AUGGAGCCAGGAUUCCUGAUUUUUGAUAAGGAUGACAUCAUUGAGAUUGUUCAAAAUCACGGGAAUGGCACAUUCACGACCAACUCUGUGCAAGGUAUGACUUCUCCGCUCGAUAGCCCGGCCAAUUUCCGUAUUGAUAGAAAGGAAUCAACGGUUCUGCCGAGACGAAUGAUGGGUAACGGGAUGACACCAACUCCUCAGCAGGAUUAUGUGAACACGGAAGUUAGCCUCCAACCGUGGUACAUGGGCGAUUUGGAACGUGCUGAAUCGGAAGCGAAACUGCGUGGGACACCAAAUGGGACAUUCCUUGUGCGAUACAGCAAGAACCGAAGGAGCUACGUAAUCAGUAUAAGCUAUGAAGGCGAAGUGAAACAUACAGUUGUCGAGCAACGGGACAACAGUAUCUAUUAUCUGGACGAGGGAUACGUGUUCCACAGUAUAGUGGAGCUGGUGAACUACUACAGGGAGAAUAAUCUAUGCGAAAGUUUCAACUCUCUCAACACGACUCUGAAAAACGCUUACCGAACGUGCAAGGUUCUUGUUUAG